AAGUCGAAAACUAAUAGGAUUUUUUUUAAUCAUAUAUAUUCAAACCGACCAGUUUCUUUCUAUAUAACUAUUAAGUCGAAAGCUACUAGGAUCUUUUAAUCAUAUAUAUAUUAUAUUGCCCUACAGCCCAAGAACUCAACCUAGACCUUCCUAUUCUUCUCAUCUUCUUCAUCAAUUACCUUUGUUUUCUUUUGUCAUGGUCAUGUUUAUGGCCAUGGCAACUCCACCUAAACCAACAAUUAUUGAGAUCAAUCUCAUCUCUGCACAAGAUUUGCCUUCAUACAAAGAAUCAAGCAUCAAAACCUACGUGGUUGCAUGGAUUAGCCCGCAAAAAAAGCUUACUUCAAGGGUUGACUAUGCCGGAAACAGGAACCCCACAUGGAACGACAAGUUCAUAUUUGCAAUCAAUAAAGACUUGGUGUUUCACAAGCCUAACACUACGUUGGUACUUGAAAUCUACAGCAAGCGGCCUUACAGGAAGGACAGGCGCAUUGGGAAAGUUCAUAUCUUGUUGGAGAGUUUGAUGGAUAAAACCCAACACAUUAUGGCAUUUCAUGUGCGUGAUUCGUCAAGCAUGCCUCAAGGGAUUCUUAACCUUGGUAUAAUGAAUUUGGACGGUUUGUUCAAUCGAUCUAUACCGACUUAUCUUGGUUCAAGCUUGGCUAUUGACUAUAGGAAGUUGAUGGGUGUCAAGUAGGGCUAUAAAUUGAUGGGUUGAUGGGUGGCAAGUGAAGGAUUAUGCAUGCUUGAUGUGGAACAAAAUCUGCAAUUUUUGUUAUUUAUUAUUUUUAGU